AAAGAAUGUAUGGUGAGACUCAUCUAUUGUGAAAUGCUGGGGUAUGAGUCUUCCUUUGGAUAUAUCCAUGCAAUCAAGCUUGCACAGCAAGGAAACCUUUUGGAGAAAAGAGUUGAGAAAAUGGUUUAACUCCAAGCAAUACUAUGUCUGCAUACACAGAAGGAAGGCAGUGUCUUGCGGGAUAUGCUUGUUUGAUAUCCUUUGUUUGAAUUUCAUCUGGAUCAUCUACUGAAGUAUUGGAGUUUCUGAGAGAAUGCGUUACGAGUGAUGAUUUAAAGUUGCUUUAUCCCCGAGUAAUGAAAGCCAGUGCACAGGUGCUCUGGUAGGGAUUAAGAAAUUGUCUUCACCAAGCCUGGGAGGGCAGGUGGUAAGCUGUUUUGAAGAAAACUUUGUGACCUUUGUAAGUGUCAAGAACCAAUGUUUCUUGUUAACUGGUUUGAGACCUUUCCAUGCUCGGGCUCUUUUUAAGAAGUCUUUGGUGAAGCAGCAUUUUUGUUUGGUUGUUUUUUAUUUUUAAAUGCAGAUGGCUUAAAGUUCUCUGGACACAAAGCGCCCUUAAGCUUUGGUCUAGUAAAAGGAUGGGCGGGAGGGUUGGGUGGUUGUUGUUCUGCAGUUAUAUGUGAUAUAUGAGGAUGACCUUGUCUGGUUUUGGUGCAGAGUUCCAAGGUGUGUAUUAAGGAAUUGUCAGUUGACCCAAUCAAGAUGGGUUACUCUUUUAACCAAUGUGAGCCUCUGAGUGAGUGAGAGCGAGCUCCAUUUUUGCAGGUUACUUGGCAGUUUCUUUAUUUCUACAUGAAAAUCACGAACUGCUACUUCUACUUGUGAACACCGUUGUGAAGGUACAGUGUUUUUGGAGGGCUGGAGGAUUUACAGAGCACUAAUCUAGUAGAGGUGUGCAUGGCUUUAACCAUUGUCAGCCAGAUCUUUCCACGGGAGAUGAUUCCAGCUGUUCUUCCCCUAAUAGAAGACAAGCUCCAGCAUUCUAAGGAAAUUAUCCGAAGAAAAGCUGUUCAAGCUUUAUAUAAAUUCUAUCUCAUUGCACCGAACCAAGUUCAGCAUAUUCAUGAUAAGUUCCGGAAAGCCUUAUGUGACAGGGACGCUGGAGUCAUGGCUGCUUCUUUGCAUAUUUAUCUUCAAAUGAUUAAGGAAAACCCAUCUGGAUACAAGGACUUGACUGGGAGUUUUGUAACUAUCCUAAAGCAGGUAGUGAGAGGAAAGCUCCCUGUCGACUUCAACUAUCACAGCGUGCCAGCACCAUGGUUACAAAUUCAGCUUUUAAGAAUAUUGGGGCUGUUAGGAAAAGAUGAUCCAAGGACAAGUGAAUUGAUGUAUGAUGUUUUAGAUGAAUCUUUAAGAAGAGCAGAGAUAAAUCAUAAUAUUACAUAUGCCAUCUUGUUUGAAUGUGUCCAAACAAUUUAUACAAUUCAUCCGAAAUCUGAACUACUUGAAAAGGCUGCCAAGUGCAUUGGAAAAUUUGUUUUGUCACCCAAAAUUAAUUUGAAAUACUUAGGUUUAAAGGCUCUGACCUACGUGAUCCAGCAGGAUCCUAAUCUGGCACUUCAGCACCAAAUGACAAUAAUUGAAUGUUUGGACCAUCCAGAUCCCAUUAUUAAAAGGGAGACUUUAGAGCUUCUCUAUAGAAUUACAAAUGGGCAGAAUGUCAUUGUCAUAGUUCAGAAGAUGCUUGACUACUUAAAAGAAAGCAAAGAAGAAUAUGCUAUCAUCAACUUAGUUGGCAAAAUAGCUGAACUAGCUGAGAAAUAUGCCCCUGACAACGAGUGGUUCAUCCAGACGAUGAAUGCUGUGUUUUCAGUUGGAGGUGACGUCGUGCAUCCUGAUAUCCCAAACAACUUCCUGAGACUGUUGGCUGACGGGUUUGAUGAUGGAAAAGAAGAUGACCAGCUGCAGAUGUAUGCAGUACAGUCUUAUUUAGCAUUACUUGAAGAGGAAGAUGCGUUGUAUCCACAGAAAUUCCUUCAAGUUAUGAGUUGGGUGUUGGGGGAAUAUUCCAGCCUUGUUACAGAUGUUGAUCCAGAAGUUAUUUUGACAAAACUACACAGUCUGCUGAAGAAGACCUUUGUUACUUCUGAAACUAAAGUGUGGAUAAUGGCUGCAGUCACCAAGAUAGCAUCACGUACCUCCUGUUCCAAAACAGUUGACGAACUAAUCCAAGAAUUCAGCAACUCUCUAGAUACCUGCAUGAGACAGUAUGCCUUCGAGUUGAAGCAUCUGUGUGAAGACAAAGCACUGAUGAAAACCUUGCUUCCCUUUGAUGCUAGUUGCAGUGACAUGGUGGUAGAUGCUUCCUUGUCUUUUCUGGAUGGGUUUGUGGCUGAGGGACUUGGUCGUGGUGCAGCACCGUAUAAACCUCAUCACCAGAGACAAGAGGAGAAACUUUCUCAGGAAAAAGCUCUGAAUUUUGAACCUUAUGGAUUGUCAUUUGUUUCAAGCGUGUCCUCAUCUGGUGUCACCGGUAGACAGUCGCCCACUGGUUUAUCUUUUGGUUCUGAUACCUCUGGUAAUAGUGCUGAGACAGGGCACAAAGAGACAAAUACUCUGAAACUUGAGGGAGUACGCAAGCUAUGGGGAAAAGAAGGCUAUCUUCCAAAGAAAGAAAACAAAGUAGGAAAAGAAACCGAGCCACAAACUCUUUCUUGUGGCAGCUUAUUAGCAGGGCAGGUGGGUGAAUCUCCUGCCUUGCAGUCUGAUCAAGUUGCCAGCCUCUCAGAGGAGGACAAAGAGAAGCAGCAGUUAGCAUCAACUUUGUUUAUUGGUCUGGGAUCGAGUACUGGUGUCAGUCUGAUGGGGAAAGUGGACACAACUACUCAGAAGUUCAAAAGAAAAUCAAAGAUAAAUGAAACUCAAAGUAGCGAGGAGGUGUCAGACUUCCAAAUUAGUGCUGCUUCAGAUUUUGGUCCCUUACUUGAUACUGCGCCUAUUAACGUGGAAGACUGCGAGGGAAAUACACACACGAGGUUAAGAAAAUCCUCUCUGUGUUCUUCAGAUAUUGUAGAAGAAACUUUAGCAUUUGAAACGCCUCAGUCUCUAAAAAAAUCUGGGCUGGAUGAGAGACUUUCAGAUAGUAGGCUGUCACAGUCAUCUUUGUUUGCUGACAGUAACAUGGAAAUUUUUCAGCCUUCUCCAAGUGCUCAGUGUGAAGGUGCCGGUAAAACACCCUCGGUCCCUUCCUUGCCAGAGGAGUUACAAGACCUCACUCACUCCGAAGUACUGGAACUUUGUCAGAGUGAUGCCUUAGCUCUGCAUUUAUGUAAGGUGUGGACAGAUGACUCUCUGUUGCUCACCAUUUUUGUUUCAAAUAAAACCGCUUCUGCGCUUAAUGCUGUGAGUUUAGUGUUUGAAGAAGCAGAAUAUUUUCAGGUUUUGGAGAGUCCCACCUACCAGUUUCCUGUAAUUGAAGCUCAGUGUGUGGAACAUUGCCAGAAAUGUGUGUGGAUGGACAAAGUCUGUACACAGGGAAUUCUUUCUGCCUCUGUUCAUUGCCAGUCAGAGCUGGAAACUCACCUUCAGUUUUCAAUAACUUUAUCAUUGUUGGACUUUAUCAGACCAAUGGAAAUGACUACGGAAGACUUUGGGAAGCUGUGGUUAUCCCUUUCCAAUGAUGUGAAACAGAAUAUAAAACUGUCAUCUUCUCAAGAUUCCCUUUCAGCAGCUAUGAGUACACUACAGCAAAAGCUGAAACUCCAUAUAGUUGACACUAUAGGUAAUGAGGGAAUACUGGCGUGCCAGCUGCUCCCAUCCGUGCCCUGCCUGCUGCACUGUCGUACUCACUCAGGGAUGCUGGCUCUGUGGUUCAGGUCACCUUGUGCUGCUCUUCCAGAUGGUUUGCUUUAUCAGUGUCAAAAGGUGAUGGAGGAAUCCUAGUAACAGUAGUGCCUGCCUUAAUCAUUUGGUGUGUGAAAAGCUAAUCAAAGACUUGCACAGAUAAGUACCAAAGCUAAAUUAAUAAACUGCUGCUCAGAAGUAUAAAAAAGUUUUCUUCCAGCUGGCAUAUGUCCUGUGGACUUGAGGGGAAAGAACAACCUAAAUGACUCCUGCAAAAACAUGCUCAGGACUGUACAGUGACUAACAAGCAAUCCAUUAAAGUAUUGUUACCUGUUUAAGUGAAAUGUAUAUUUCUUAAUUUUGUUGUAAAUGACUGAAAGUAUUUAUUUUUAUUAUGCAGCUUUUAUAGAUGCCAACAACUACUCCUCAUAGCAACUACUUAAAUAUGAUUUUAAAUAAAACAUAUCUCCAUUAUGAGGUCAGACUUGAUCAGUUUUCCAGAACACGUGGUUUUAUUUUAAUAAUUUUUCUAAAGCUAUUUUUAAGCACUGCUGGCAACAAGACCUGUAUUAGUGGUUGUAUAAAGUAACUUAUGUAGCAACAAAUGCAUGUUUUGAAUAUUGUUAAAAAGAUUUUAGUGAGCAAGACACUUCCCGUGGUGUUCGGUAUUUCCCGUUUAGGUGGUAACAUCUAAAUAGGUUUUUGGUGGGAGGGCCU